AUCCACGCGGUGUUCUGGAAACUAAGAGCUCUUCGCCCUGCACCCUCGUUCUUGUUGUUGUUGUUGGUUUGUGAGGGGUGCUCUGUCUGGGGUUAGCCUGCGCGUUGGUUUCAUCGCUCGUAUCUCCUCACCCGUCGUGGUUUAGUCGCCGUCCCCGCGGGGUGCUGCCGCCAUGGGGCUUACAUUCACAAAACUGUUCACGAAAUUGUUCUCGAAGCGGGAGAUGCGCAUUCUGAUGGUAGGUCUCGACGCAGCUGGUAAGACCACCAUUUUGUACAAGCUGAAGCUGGGCGAGAUCGUCACCACCAUCCCCACCAUCGGGUUCAAUGUGGAGACCGUUGAAUACAAGAACAUCAGUUUCACCGUUUGGGAUGUCGGAGGUCAGGACAAGAUCCGACCAUUGUGGAGGCACUAUUUCCAGAACACUCAGGGGUUGAUCUUCGUGGUGGACAGCAACGAUAGAGAUCGUGUUGUGGAAGCAAGAGAUGAACUUCAUCGCAUGCUAAACGAGGACGAGCUACGUGAUGCGGUCCUACUCGUGUUCGCCAACAAGCAGGAUCUGCCAAAUGCCAUGAAUGCUGCAGAGAUCACUGAUAAGCUUGGGCUCCACUCACUCCGCCAACGCCAUUGGUACAUUCAGAGCACCUGUGCAACUUCUGGAGAGGGUUUGUACGAGGGUCUGGAUUGGUUGUCAAGCAACAUUGCCAACAAGUCUUGAUUACGGCGAUAUGUGGAAUUCUAUGCUCCUAAGUGAGCUGUCCCUUAGCUGAAAUGUGAGGAUUUAGUGAACUCCUAUUGUAGAGUUUUUGAGAUGGCGUAGCUUAGAAAUUCUGAUUUUGAAUGAUAAUGUCUCUCAGUCCGAGUGCCUCAGUAAGCAGGAUGCCUUGAAGGCAGUUGUAUGCACAUAUGGAAUUUAGGCCCUUAAAUGUAUCACAGCUCUAUGAUUUGAUCUUAGUUUGAAUUUGCAU